CUAAAUUUCACGUCGAAAAUGGACGCUCGCAACGAACCAUUUUGGGUAAACUUUCGUAUGGAUUGUUUUACAUCGACUUUCCAGGAUUUGGAACAGACGGAAAAAUUCGAUAAUUCCAAAGCUUAUUACUUGAAAACAUUGAAAAAUAUCAUUAAUCACAUCAAUAAAUUACUGCAAAAGGCUUAUCAAUUGGAAGAAAAUUUAAUUAACGCCGUUUUCGAUAUGGAUACUGCUGUUAUUAAUAAAUUUUUGAGAGAUUACCAGUACGGCUGGCUGCCCAAUAAGGACUUUCUGUUAUCAAAAAUAGAUAACGGGGAAUUGAAGGAGAACAAAAUCGAAGAAAUCCUCCCGGUCGUCUACACGAAUUUGCAAACGGUCUCCGCCGGUCUGGAGCUCAUCAUCGAAUACGAAAAACACGAAGAAUUCGAGACGCUCAAGUCCUAUUUGCGGGCCGUCCUCUGCGAAAUUUACACCGCUUUGAUGGACUGUCAACUGACACUGCCGGAAAACGUAACGCGUUCGAUCGUCCCGCCGGAAAUUCGCGGCAUGAUCAAAAUCCCGGAAACCAAAUUCAGAAACUGGAUCAUCUUCAAAAACUUCAUCGACACGUUGAAUUGCAUUACCGACGUUUUCCUUAGAUUUUUGUCGAACAUCUCCGAUGAGUGAAUUCUAUAUUAUACCGUUUUAGCUGUAAGUAAUCG